AGUAUUACUUGAAACGCACAGCGAAGUGUUUUGCUAGAAUUAUUAGUGGUUGAAAGCUCUUGUGUUGAGUUGAUUUAAAUGCGACCCGCUGGGGAAAGGAAGUAUUACUAGGAAAUGAAGCGUGAAAUAUAGCAACGGAGUUAUUCAUCCGAACCACAGAUCAAUUACUGUUGACAGCUGUUCCCUGGUAACGGAUGUAAACAAGCAUAAACAGCGAAGGCUACUCGUCUACCCGGUUGAAACACAAAACAAACGCACGCGUGACAAUCACUCUCUCAUCUACCAAACGCAGUGGUGCAGAAAAGCCUUAAAGAAACAGUCGCUCAUCUCACAAAGAAAACAGAGGAAACUCUAUUUUAUCGUAAGCCGCUAUGGGUUGUUCUUCAAGCGCACAGGCGCGAAACGUUGAGAGAACUCCGCAACCAGUUCAGGUCGCUGCUGCUCAAACGGCCGCGAACCAAGGAGGAUCUGAGAUGUCACCCCAAGCAAACGUCGCUCCCACGAAACCCGUGAAGAUCGAAAGUACAACAACUGCAGAAAAUAACCAGGUGGUAAAUGAUCAGAAAGAUGCCCCAAGCACAGAGCAACCAACUCAAGUAGAUGGUAAACCACAAAGUUCCGUUCCCGAGAAAGCGAGCGAGAACGAACCGCGAGAAGAUCCUCUCGGUGAAGAAUCGAGACCUGAAGUAGUGGAGGAAUCUCAACAAGAAGUUGUACAAGGAAAGAAAGACGAACAAGUUAAACCACAGGAAGAGGAGGCGAACAAAGACAAAGGAGGAGAACAGAGUGGAUCAGGCGAAGAAAGCACGGCUCCCAGUAAAGACGAAGAACAAACUCAGCAACCGGCUGAGAGUGAAGUGAACGCCGAGGCCGCAGCGGAAAGCAGCGGUAGUGAUAAACCUGAUGUUCAGCAAGUAGAGGAGCAGAAUGAAGCUAUGAAAACAGAGGCGCAAGAAGGAACUGAAAGAGAACCAGAAGUAGCAAAGGAAGGUGAAGAGGCGGCUGCACAAGUGGACGGAGAAACGCCAUCACAAGCAGAAAACGCAGAAGAGAUGCCAGCUGCUGCUGAUCAAACACAGCAAUCGCAACCCGCAGCCGAAGAAUCUAAACCUGCGGAGGAAGAAUCACAACCAGCGGCCGAGGAAACAAAACCUGAGGAACAAGAAGCGCAACCUGCGCCUGAAGAAGCGAAUCCUGCGGCCGAAGAAGCGAAGCCCGCUGCCGAAGAUUCGAAUCUUGCGGCUGAGGAAUCAAAUCCCGCAGAUGGAGAACCUCAAGCCGACGAACAGCAAGCAGCUGAAGAACCGCAAAAAAGCGAAGAAGCGACACCGCAAGAGGAAACACCGGCUAGUGAGGACAGUUAAGAAUGUAUUGGGUUCCCGUAAAAACAGUGAACGCCUAUCAUUUCACGUAAUUUUACAGUCUGGAACUGUACACAAAAUCCUUGUCCACGUAGGUUCUUAAGGUGGACAACUCUAUCCAGUGGUUAAAUUUCUAUCUUGUGGAUAGUGUAGUACGUUUUGUAAGCACUUAUCCGCUGGAUAAAGAUUUAUCUGCUGGACAGCUUUAUCUAUCGUUCGAAAAACUGGGUUCUGAAGCAUGACCCUUUUUACCAUAAAGGUUUUACGUAUCUAUGUAUUCAGAGACACAGGCCUUGAGAAGAUCUGUUGAAUCUGAAUCAGUAAUUACAGCUUUUAUCAUACACAAGGUUUACUUGAAUACAUAUCGGCAAAACAGUAAAUCGUCACUCUAGUAACACCAAACCUAAAAACAUUAAAAUCAAAAUAAAACACACAAAUCUAAGUUUAACGCAAGAUAAAAUACUAUGUAUUUAAAAGAGAAGGAAAGUUUUACCUUAUGAAAUAGAGCAAAAGAGAUUGAUAUUUUGUAAGUGUUGAGAAAUCUGAUAAACUGAAUAUGAUUAGAUCAUAAGACUUACGUAUCAAAAGAACCAGUAAUUUUCACUAUUUCUCGGUGCCUUACAAUUACUUCCCUAUGACAGAAGAUAAUAGUUUACACUAUAAAUAAGCUGAGGCAUGUGGAUAUGAAAAUUGAUUGUAAAUACUGAAGAAAGCAGAACUUGAUUUAUUUCUGUAGUAUAAUUGUACGUAGACUGUGAUUUUCUAGAGAGGAAAAUUAGUAACUCAUAUGUGUGAAGGUCUGGGUAAAACAUCGAUUUAGCUAAAAGAAAUCUUGAUCACUGAUGAUGCUAUAGUAUAGUUUGUAGUAGAUAACAUACUGACGAGUUUAAUGACAGGAAACAUUGUUCAAAUACUACAAUGAUUUUCUUAGAUGAUUUGUAAACAGCUGUGAAGAACAGUUUUUGACUCUUUCCGGUCAAGGUUUUCAAACUGUUGUAACUGUUUUUGUUAAAUGAAAUAAAACUCAGUUCUAUGUC